CAUGGAUUUAGUCCAAUCUCACAGUACUUCUCCCCUACGCCGUUUCCCCCAAGUGAUCCCCUCCACCCUCUAAUUUCAACCUUUCAUCCAACCCAUUUGUCCUCAUUCCGCCCGUGCAAACACUCCCACUAUUCCCUACGAUAUAUACUUGCUGUCGCUCCUGGCUUUAAUCGCAUUAAAGCGCACCGUGAAUUAAUUGCGCGACGUUUGCGCUAAUUGAAUUGCGGAUUUAAUACAUCGACGAGCGAGUCGGUGCAAGCGCUGGCCGUCUACGCGAUCUGCGCCCAAAACAACGCGCUCCUAUUCUCUUGUUUACAACACCGAACACCCUCCCACCUUUCGUCAUCACAUCUAUACUUGGGAUCUUAACAACCCAACGCGUCGUCUCUAUAUUAACACUUCAUUGCUUUAAUGCUAUCAUAACUGAUCACUUAGCUUACAUCCGCUUAUCCACCGCCUUCACCUUCUGCUUUCCAAACGGUCUCUUCAUCGCUCUCGCGAUGUUCUAUUCGGAGACCUUGCUGCAAAAGACAGGGCCUCUGGCCCGAGUCUGGCUGUCGGCUAACUUAGAGCGCAAGCUCUCAAAAACCCACAUUCUACAAUCCAAUCUACCCGACAGUGUUGAUGCUAUUAUUACCCCGAAUCAAGCGCCCAUGGCGCUCCGUUUGAGCGGCCAACUUUUGCUUGGUGUCGUCAGAAUCUAUAGUCGAAAAGCUCGUUACCUGUUAGAUGAUUGCAAUGAAGCUUUGCUUAAAAUUAAAAUGGCCUUCCGUUCUACUGGCAAUAACGAUAUCCCCGAAAACUUGAAUAUGCCGAAUCGUGAAGCAUUGAUGCUUCCCGACCGUAUCACAGCAGCGGACAACUUGAAUAUUUUACCACCACCCGACGCGAACUGGUUGCUUGGCCAGAUGGAGGACGUCAAUGCCGUCCCUAAUAGCUCGGGAACGCGAGGUCGAGGCCGGCCGAGCAACCGUGACAUUAACUUGCAAGAAGACUUUAACAACAGCCAAUUCUUGCAUGAUGAUAACAUGGACGAGGACGAAGUUGCGCUUGCGCCUAUGGAUGAUCUGGAAUUAGACUUGGAUUUCGGAAUGGAUAUUGACGAGCGACCUCGAAUGGACAAGAGCAUUGAAAUGGGUCGAGACGCCCCCGCUGCUAGAUCCGUCGAGGAUGAUAUUUUUAGCGAGUUGGAUAUGGCACCACCCGCAAAGGGCGUUGACCGUGAACCAUCGUUAAAUCUUGAUUUUGGAGAUGACAAUAUUAGGAUUGCGGAUGGCGAUGGUGAUAUCCAAAUGGAGGAUGACUUCCAAUUUAAUAUUGGAGAACAAUCCGUGGUGCCUGAGAUGGGCGGUGCCCCAGGUAUCGACCGCGCCCGUAUCUCUGAAUCACCUCUUUCCGAUAUCGAUGAAAACAUGGCGCGGGAUGUUGAAGAGUGGACGCGUUUGAAUAACACUAGCAUCUACGAGCCCGGCCAGGAAGUCGAGGAACCCGAACCACUCCCCCAGAAAAAGUCGAAGAAGCGCAAGGUUUUCGGACUGGAUCCUGCUACCCAACUGACCAGCGCACACAUCAAGGAACAACAACAAAACCACGAAAAUAUCCUCAAGGCACCUACUUUUAUCUCACGUGAUCCAUAUUUUUUGGCUCUGAUUGAGUUGAAGGCUAGCGGUAGCUUUGUUUCUAGUAUUAUGGGCGAUGGUCGUAGUAAAGCCUGGGCCCCGGAAUUGAGGGGAUUGCUGUCUCUUGAGUCUAUUAGACCUGCCAAUGAUCUUAAGCGCAAGAGGGAUAGUGGAAUCGCUGAUAUGGGCGAGGACGAAGAGCAGGGCACGUCCAAGUCACCUCGUUUGGAUUUGGGUGAAGACGACACGUUAGCUAUGCCGGACGCGGGCUUGGGUGAGCGUAGUGUCGCCCCCGAUGGUACCAUUAUCGAGAUGCCGGCAGAUGACAUUGUCAUACAGCAAGAUGAUGACGAUCACCAACCCCGUGAGGGAAGCCCCAUGCCUGCGUUUGACGAAACCACGGCUCCCAUAGUACACCCUGCAGACAGCGGUCCUGUUUCUCUUGGUACAAAACACGCUGUUCACGUUCUCCGAGAUCUAUUCGGCUCUGAAGCAGCUACUAGCGAAGAGAAGCGAAAGAAAUCCGUAGUAUUCCAAGAUCUUCUGCCCGAAUCCAGAACGUCUAAGGCAGAUGCUACAAAAAUGUUCUUCGAAUGUCUAGUAUUAGCUACCAAGGAUGCCAUCAAAGUCGAGCAAAAGGAGGGUGUACUCGGUGGUCCUAUUAGAGUCAGAGGAAAGCGUGGUCUUUGGGGUGCCUGGGCCGAGACGGAAGCCGGUGGAGAGAUUGCCAACCAGGAAGAGGAGGUACCGCAACCUGACCAACAACCAGAACAUGCCAUUGCUACGCCCUCUCGAGCUGUAGCAGCAGCAGCAUGAAUACCUAUCACUGGGUAAUUGGGGGGUUGCAAUGGGAAAACGAGGUAAUGCUUCAUGUAUAAACUUCUCUGCACUUAGGAUAUUCCCGAGGGUACCGAUCAUAUAGUCUAAUGGCGUCACGGCGUACGGGGAAUUACGGAGGGAAGGGAGAUACCAACAGCUGCGGGUAUAUCGGUCUUCAAAAUUCAUGAAAGGGCGGUUUUUCGUUUUGCUUGUUAUGGUUCGAUUGCAUUCGUAUGAUAUCAUCUAGCUAUGGAUGAUUAUUGGCGGGUAGACGCUUUAACAUGAGCGGUGUUAUUGCGAAGUAAUUACAUCGUUAGCGCUCGAGUUCGAUGAGAAUUCAUAUAGUAGCAAGAUAUCUUUACAAGUUUCUGAUCUCA